AUGUUUUUAAGUAUUUUUAUUUUUUUUGUGGAAUAUGCUUUCUCAUAAACCAUAACAUUAAUGGAUACUUUUGAAAACUCUUGGAUAAUAUAUAGCAAAGUAUCAUUAUAUAAUAAUUUAUUUCAUUGGUAAGAAACCUCAUGUUGUACACCUCCUAAUUUAGAAUUAAUUAAUGCCACUUAAUACUCAAAUUUUCAAAAUACUUUACAAAUUAUAUUAGAUGGCUAUGUUAUAAAAAAUGAGCAAUUUAAAUUGAAAAAUUUGGGAUAUUCAUCAAACAUAACUUAUCAUAUAAAUAAUUCUACAAAUAUUGCAAUUGAAAAUGUUUGUGAGUAAGCAAAAAGUGAUGCAAAUACAAUAGAAUCAGGAAUGAUUGAAUUUGAACUAGGAGUAUAUGAUUCUGAAUCAAAUUUAUCACUAUAUCUUACUUUUUAAUAUUGGCUUGUAUGUUAGUAUGUAUUAUAUUCAGAAUAACAAUAAAUUAAAAUUAAUUUUGAUGCAUCUACAUUUUUUAUCAUAUUACUUGGAUGCUUAUGUGUUUGGAUUUUUACCAAAAUGGCAAAAAUUAGAUCCCUAAAAAUUGAAAUUAACCUAAAGAAAUAUCCUUUUAUAAAAAGAUUAAUAGCAGUUUAAUCAUUUUAAUUAGAAGACUAAGUACUUUACUUUUAGGGUUUCAUAGUCAAUUGGAUAUUAUACAUAAUCUAUAUAGUUGCAUCAAUACUCUUUUAUGUACUUGUACAUUACAUAAAUUCUUGGUAUGAAGUAGUGUUAAUAUUGUGCUUAAUAUUAUCAUUAUUUUGUUGUUGGUUUAUAAUCAAUGAACUAUAAUGUUUUUUUUCUGUAAAUUUGAAAUUGCAAGCAUAAAUCUUUUUAUCAAUUAGAGUAUGUGAUUGUAUAUCAAUAUUUUUAUCGAUUGUAUUAGUAACCCUUUAUAUAAUACUAAAUCAAGCAUGGUAUAUAUCAGAUUUAAUCACUUUUUGUAUAUCUGGAUCUCUCCUUAGAUUAUUUAAAGUCAUAAGUUUAAGAGGAGUCACUAUAUUAUAUGGAGCCAUAAUAAUAUUUGAUUGCAUAUAUUACUUUUAUCUUUUGACAUAAUUAUUUUCAGUCAAUUAUUAAAUCGUCGUCUUACAAGUAUUCUUAUGAUUAUUAAUAAGUAUUCCAAUUAUCCAGUGCUUUUUUAGAUUCCAUAAAUUAAAUAUAACCUCAAUAAAGUUUGUGUAUGGUUAUCAUUAAUGGAUUUAGUAGUUCCUGGAUUAUCUAUAUCUUAUUUAUAUAGAUUUGAUAAGAAUAGAAAUUCAAGAGUUUAUUUUGUUAUUGGAAUGCUUGGUCUCUUUUUUGGCAUAAUAUUAUGGUCAUUAGGAACAUUAUCUGCUACAUCAAGUGGAAUCUAACUUCCGUAAUCAAUUUUUGUUUAUCCAUUGAUUAUUUUAUUUACAUGUCUUUGGGCACUUAGAUAAGGUGAUUUCAGAAUAAUUUGGUUUGGAUAAUUCUAUGAUAAAUAUGUAAUUUAUAAUCUAUAAUAUAAUUAGCUCAUGGAUAAUUUCACUGUUGACUACAAUCCUGAAUCAUCUAAAGAAGUUCUUGAAACCUCAGGUUUAAAAAAAGAAUAAAUUGCUACUUUAAUGGAAGGUCUUAAGUUGAAUUCUCAACUUUGA